CAUCAGGUUGCCCACACUACGGCUUCUACUGAGUUCAUAGUAUUUGCUUGGUUCUUGGCAGCGGUUUAGGGAAGGGAAAUAAAUUAUGAAACCAGCGUUUCGUCAAAACGUUCUGUUCCUUCUGCGCAUAUUUGUUCUUGUGUUCAUGAUAGAACAUGUGCCCACGUACAUACUUGCGUUGAAUCCGGGAAAUGAACCAAUUUACACCCUCGCUGGACACCCGGGAAAUCCGAAAGAUAGAAUAAAUAUGCCUCUCCCACCGCUACCUAACAAGGCGAACGAACCGAUUUACAGCCUUCUUGGACCAUCGAGAAACCCAAAUGAUAGAUUAAAUAUGCCUCUCCCACCGACACCUGCUCAGGGGAUUAGACGUAUACCUCAUGGUCCUGCACCAAACCCUAAUCGUCAAUUAAAGCCCGGAUCGAGUCAGACACCUCCGCGCGUACCACCGCGUGUUCCUCAGCGACCUCCAAGUGGAGUUUCCCCUCCAAGACCAAGACCCGGUCGGAGAUAGUUCAAGAGGACAUACCCUGUUCAAGGAUGCUUCAUAUCGUUAUUGGGCUGAAUACAAUAAAAUUUUCCCCAAGCGGUGCCUGUAUUCC